UCAGUUAUCGACACUCCAUAAUAUUGUGUUUGGAUGAUAUUGCUAUUGCCAGUUGCACUUAUAAUAUAUUAUGAAAAUUGUAUUUCUUUUCUAAAUAUCCAAACAGUAAAUAUUCUAAAUCUUUACGACCUUACAUCAGUUACAUCUUGAAGCUUGAUUCGGUUGAUAAGUUAAUUCUCGAUUCCUCGAUCCUGCUGUGUUCUGUUCGUAAUUUAAAAUAAUCUUAAAUUGUGGUUUUGAAUUCCCAAUACCAUUCUUAAUACAUAUCAAAAUAGAUUCAUACGAAAGAUCAAAAAAAUUUUAAACCGAAUUGGAAUCUUUGUUUUUCAUAGUUAUUAUACAAUUGUCUACCAUCUAUCUUAUUUUUAUCAAACAACAUUCAAUACCUAUGAUUUUUUAAUUUGUUAUAAUAUGUGUUAACUAGUUGUUUUUGGAUAAUUCUAGAUUAAUUUAUGUUUUUUUUAUCUUUUUAAUGAUAAACAGUAGUAAAUAACGUGUUUUAAACAUGUCUUUUCUGGAUGAUAAGAAACGAAAAAAAAUACUCGUAAACCAGUGGAUAAUGAGCACAUUCAACAUGCAGAGUUCAUAAAAAAUUGUCAUCUAAAAUUAAGAUUAAACUCUAUGAAAAUAGGUGCAGACAAAGCAUGGCAGAAUCACUGCUCAGAUGAUUCACUUCUAAAAAAUUAUUCAAAUACAAUGCACAAGCUUGCUUCACAGUUUUGGGAUACAAAUAAUAAAAACGAUCCUUCAAGUUGUAGAAUCUCAUGGAUUUCAAACAAUACAUUAAAAUAUUUUCAAGAAGAUUAUUUACAUGAAAUAAUCCGAGAAAAAUCUUUAGCUCAAAAAUUUAAUGUAGUUUGGGACAUUAAUGAUUUAACCAGUAUACCUAAAAAUCCUUUUUAUUUACUUGAUGUAGGAAGCUGUUAUAAUCCUUUUCAAAAGUAUUCUUCAUUUAAUGUAUUGCCUAUUGAUAUAGCGCCAGCUAUAGAAAAUGUUGUUAAAUGUGAUUUUCUUACAGUACCUUUAGAUAUAGAGUUAAAUAUUGUCGAUAAUGUUUGCCAAACAUUACCAAUUUCCAAUUUUGAUAUAGUUGUAUUUUCUUUAUUUCUUGAAUAUUUUCCAUUACCAAAACAAAGAUAUAAAUGUUGUGAAAAAGCUUAUAAUGUUCUUAAACCAGGUGGUUUGUUAGUUAUUGCAACCCCUGAUUCUAGUCAUGCAUCAUAUAAUUCCAUAAUAAUGAAAAAUUGGAAAAUAUCAUUAAGCAAUUUAGGAUUUUGGCGUAUCAAAUAUGAAAAACUUACUCAUAUUCAUUGUAUGAUAUUUAGAAAAUGUUCAUUAAAACAAAUUCCUAGAAAUUGGUUGCAUUCUUUGAAUAUUAAAAAUAAUAUUGAAGAUUUAAUAACUAUCCCACAAGACUCAAGAAAUUAUGAUAAAACUAAUGAAACAUCAAAAACUAUUGUUCAGCGUGAAGAUGAUGACCUAGUUGCUAACUUGUUUUCUGAAUUAGUUAAUGUAUAAAUGUAAAUAUUGUUAAACAAAAUUUUGAAUUUGUAAAAUAAUUAUAUUUUUUAAUUAAUUAAAAUAAUAUAAUUUAAUA